AUACGAUCGUUUGUAAUUUUUUAGUUAUUGCGCUUGACAUAUCCGUGUUUGGUUCGCACGAGUUACUUGUCGUCCUGUCGUUGGAUUUAUUUCGAUGAGGCGAAAUAUUUGACAAAUUUUGACAGAACGAUGACAGACCCGGGCGGAUGGGCGCCAGCCCAAGAUAAUGAUUUCACAAAUUUUCAAUCGAAUGACAGCUUCAAUUUGAAUGAAGUCACUGGCAUCGAUGAUCUUCUAACAAAUUGCGAGAGUGAAUUAUUGAAAAAUGAGCUUUUCAGCGACGAAGCUUUACUUUCUGAGCUGGAGGAGCCUAUGCCAGUGGAUGGGGAUACGUUUGAUUUCUUAAAUAUUAACAAUGAUGAAUUUAAGGAUUUUAAAGACUUCAAAGAUCCAGCUCUUCUUGAAUCACCAAAUACAAAUGUUACAGUAACACAGCAAUCAGUGACAGAUAAUAAUCAACCUGUUGCUUAUAUGCAGCAAGAUGUUACAUCCAUACCACAAAAUAGGCCACAGAGAAUAUCAGUGGCAUCAACAGCGCCUACAGUAUUUAGCUCACAAUACACAAUACCACAAAAUGUGAAUUUUAAUGUUCAGUCGCCAAAUGUUGUAACCUUGGCUCCGGUUACUCAGCAACGGCAGCUACUUCUACCUGCUAAAUUGAUCAAAUCAGAGUCUCUUGUAUAUGCUAAAGGUGGACAACAGACUAUUACAUCAACUCCUGUUCAACAUCAGAUACAUACUCUUGUAAAUACUGCAAACGGAACAGUGUUAACUACUGGGAUUCCUGUAGUACUUGACACCGAUAAAGUGCAGAUCAAUCGUCUAAACACAGGCGCACACGUGGGUGUACCUAGAGUGAGAGAAGUGAAACGCAGCGCUCACAAUGCUAUCGAGCGACGUUACAGAACGUCGAUCAACGAUAAGAUAAUUGAAUUAAAGAACAUGAUAGUCGGCGUCGACGCCAAGUUAAAUAAGUCGGCGAUUUUACGGAAAACUAUCGACUAUAUCAGGUAUUUGCAAAAUGCGAACGCGAAAUUAAAAGCCGAGAAUAUGUCAUUGAAAAUGACAGCUCAACGACAAAAUCUUCGGGACCUCCUGGUGUGCGGGGAACUUACACCUCCGCGUUCGGAUUCGAGCGAGCCGUCCCUGUCGCCUGCACCCGCGCCGAUGUCGCCGCCUUCUCCGUCGUCGAUAAAGGACGAUUCGGAUGUCCUGCAGAAUCUUCAUUCCGUGUCCACUUCUGGAGGCAUGAGGGAUCACACUCGAUUGACAUUGUGCGGAUUUAUGCUACUCUUCUUGGCAUUCAAUCCUCUUGGUAUUCUCAUAAACAAUGUUGGAAAAUUCAACUACGAUUACUUAAACACGAAAUUGGAUGGACGGACGAUACUUAAUUAUCAAGAUCAGCCGGAAUCGGACAAACAAUUGUGGAGCAACGUUAUUCUUUGGUUCACCAAUUUGAUACUUUUGGCGGGUGGUCUCUGUAGAUUGUUGCUUUACGGGGAUCCCGUUUUUCCUACCGACAGCAAGAUCUUCCUCGAGCUACGUCGUUGGCGACGUCAGGCCGAAUUCAAUAUAUCCAAACACGAGUAUAAUCAGGCGUAUCGAGACUUACAUCAAUGGCUGCAAUACUUCGGCCGAUCUUUCCCGUUGUCGCGCACAGAGAUUUUUCUCGCGACCACGUGGCAAAUAGUGAGGCAAAUUCUUCACAAGUUAUGGCUGGGAAAAUGGGUCACGCUAAUCGGCAAGUGGUUUUCAGAGAAAUCAGAACGGCAGCAAUCAGAGAUGUCUGUGGAGAUAGCAGUCGUUUACCAACACAUGCUCUGCCUUCGUUUGUCCGAGGGUACGAAAGAUUCGACAGUGUAUCUUGCUUUAUGUGCCAUCAAUUACGCUGAGAUCGCUGGAGAGAAUAUGCCGAAGCCGCUCCUGGCGGAAAUAUACGUGAACGCCGCGUUAUGUUUGAAGGAAUCCUUCUUCCCGUACAUACACAAAUAUUAUCUCGGUAAAGCACGCGCCUUGCUGUCCUCGUGCGCCGUUCCUCCGAAAUUAAAGUGGAUCAUGACUGACGAAGGCGCGAGAUUUUUGGCGUCUCAGAAGUGGCGAUACAAGAAACAGUCCGACAGCGAGUUUACGUCGCAAAGCAGCCGAGCGGAUCCCUUAUCGUACGCGGCCCGCGCAUAUAGAGAUCAUCUGAUCGAGCAGUGCUUGCGUUUGUUGACUGGUACAGCUGGAGAGUGUCAUGCAUCUACUGUACUUGAAUUGGGACGAAUCAUUAUGGCUUCUGCAGAAGUGGACGCCUGUUUCCCAUCUAUUGACAAAAUCAGUGUAGCAACGUGCGAAGAUGAAAUUGGAUUAUGGUGGGGAGCGGUGAUUUGCGCUGCUGCAAGUUGGAGAUUAGGAGAGGAAGAUUCGAAGGCGUGGAACAUUGUGGAGAGUAAAUUUCCUUAUGAAAGGAAUUUCCAAAUCAGUGACAAUAGUAGUAGCAGUCCAUUACCACAUGCUGUACUAAAUGUUCUGCAGGCAGCAAAACAUUCUACAAAGUUGGUUUCCACACGUUUCAUUGAUCAGGCAGGAUUACUACUUGAACAAUCCAUGGUGUACUAUCAUUGCAAAGAGCAAUCAUCACAACAAAUUUUGCUUACUCAAUUAUGGGUCUGCGACUGGCUUCUCGAAAUACGCACAACACUAUGGCAAGACUUGAGUCAGGAUGUAGAGUUGGAAAAACCUGUCGUGAGUAUGUCUCUUGCGGGCUUCCAACGUGACUUGGCAUGCCUGAGACAAUUGUGUCAACAUAUUCCAUCUGUAUUGGCACGAGUGUUUCUGUAUGAAGCCACAGCGCGCAUUAUGGCUGGCGCGACGCCAGUGAAGACGCAGAUUUUGUUAGACCGAAGUCUGCACCACAGAAACUCGCGUUCCUCGAUCAUAUGCGGCAAGGAUCGAUCGCAGGAACAGAACAACGGCGAGCGGGAACAUGCGGCCGCGUUAUGCUUGGCGUGCAGACAUCUGCCAACGCUACUGUUAGCUUCGCCGGGAGAACGUGCUGGGAUGCUCGCGGAAGCUGCGAAGACGCUUGAACGAAUAGGGGACAGGAAACGUCUUCAGGAAUGUUACAAAUUGAUGCGGCAAUUAGGAUCCGCGAUCACUGUUAAUUAACGCGUCGAUUAUGUUUUAUGAAUUUACGCGUAUAUUGUGUACGCGUUAAGAUAUCUAUUAUUUAUAGACUCAUUAAUUUAUGCAUACACACAUGUACAAAUCUUAUUGUUGUUUUGUAUAAUUAUUUUCUUCUACUCUUAUUAAAGAUAGAAUAAGAUAAAUCUUUAUCCUUUUUUUAUUCAUAAAUAUUUUGAAAAUUA